UGUGAUUUAUUUUGCAUUAUUAGAUAGACAUAGAACUCAUUGACAACGGCUUCGAUAAUAUUACUCAAAAUGUACCACAGUCAUCUAACUAUUAACAGAUAUUUUGAUGUUAUAAUGAUGAACAAUUAUUGCUAAAGUUAUUUCGUGAUAUAUGAGCUGGUGUCUGAUACAGUUGAUCGUGAGUGCAUAUUGGAUAGAGAGUGAAUCGAGAACGAGAAGGCUUGAUUGCAGCCAGGCAAUGCUUUGAGAAGGCUCGGUCCAUGUUAAUGUACUGCAGAUUGUUGUGUUACAGUGACGGGUACCAGUGAGUCAUAAACUGCAAACUACUAUGAGUAAAGCAGUGAAUUGAGAGGAAUACAGUUGCUACUCGGAGUUUUCUCGGAAUUAACACGUCUUGGAAUUUAUAAACAUGAGUCACCAACAACCCAGCGGCCUGUUCGGGACCCUCAACAACCACUAUAGAUCCCUCAAGCGCAUUUAUAUGAACCUCAAGAGAGUCGUGGAGAUUUCGCUUCGCUUCGUCAAUGCUCUGGUAAGAGUAUUCGCGCCGAUCAUCUUUUGCUUCUUCUUCGUCUUCAGAAUCGUGGAUAAAUUCAGCAAGUACCUCUCGUGGAAGACAGGCGAAGACAGCGAUACGUGGCCGGGGAAGGACGCAACAGAGGCUGGCGAAGAACUGCGUCGGAAGAGAAAUGUUUGUGGAGGACCAGACGAUAUGCCAAGAGACAGAAAAAAUGGAAGCUUCGAAACGUAGCUGAGAAUGAAUUUCUUCGAAUAAGCAUGAUAUAAUAAGACAUAAGUACAUUUAUGCUGUGGUUAAAUGGCCUUUGAUUUUGGUUAGAAAAUUGCCAUCACAAUAUAGAAUGCUUGAAAAAA